UAAUAAAACACAGUGGCCAGUUAUCAGUGUAGCAGCCAUUAGCCACCAUGUCGUUAGUGUCAGUCACCCUACUGGUAGUGCUCGUUACAAUAAGUGCCCAUGUGCACGAUUCGUUGCCAGAUCGGGAAUGUCCAGGGGUGCCGGAGAAGUUUGCGCACAUUCAAGAGCAAUAUGAGAAGACCAUCGCAAAUGUUGAUGACAACAGCAAUGCGCUAUGUCCCUGGGAAACUGCGUACAACACUGACUACUACCGCGUCCCCUGCAGAAUACAAUAUGCAGUGUGCGUAACUCGGCACACCUGCAACUUUACAUUCGAGAAUCCAGUGCGUCCGGGGAUCAUCAACCGCUUACGGGCUGAGACUAAGUGUACAGAAGUAUACAGAAGCUUCCGGGUGGUAUAUCACUAUGACGACUUUUUCCCAUGGGAGACGACAGAGGAUUUCGCAGUAGCCUGUAUCUGCGAAAAAAGAUGAUCAUGCAGAUAAAUACAGAACAGACCACUGAAAGUGCUGAUACAUGUUCAUCAAUAAAUAACAUUUGUUUUAAUAUUUUUGUUGCAUUUUAGUAUUUUGACAUGUUCAUCAAUAAAUAGCAAACUUUA